AGGGAAAUCGCAACGAGAACAGAAAAUAAUGACAGUUAGCUUUAACCGUGCGGGUAGACAGUUUGGUGUGUGGUUGUGGUCCGUUGGUGUCCUGCUGGCAGGAAGUCAACUUGCGGUGAAGGUGGAAAGUGGUCCAAGCGUUCCAGUGACAACGCUUGCCAAUGUGAUUGUUCCGACUGGUGGGAAGCUGGUCGCCGUGACGCCGGACGGUAGUGUCGUUGGGGACGUCAGUAACAAUGCGUCGACGUUGGAUGGAGCCAACAACGGAACCGAACGGCAACGCGAGGAAGCGCUACCGGACGGGCAGUUGGAAACGGGAACGGUGCCGGUGAUAGAGCUGAAACGGGGCCAAUGCCGGUGCUGGAAUUCGACCGAGGAAGCCUUGGGCGAGGUGCAGUGCCGAUGCCUGGGACAAUCGAUCGUCCGCGUACCCCAGAAGCUGACCGGUAUGCAGCGGUUAACGCUGGAAAAGGUCGGCAUCAAGCGGUUGCGUACGAACGCGCUAACGGUGUAUGCGGACACGCUGCAGGAUCUGUUCUUCAUCUACCUGCGGGAAUUCCAUCGUAUCGAACCGGCAGCCUUUUCCCGGUUGCGCCAUCUCCGAACGCUCUACAUAGCACACGCACCCAAACUCGAAUUUCUACCAGCGGAUGUGUUUGAAGGAAUAUCGAUGAAACUGAAAACGCUGCGGAUUAUACACAGUGGACUGCUCGCCGUGCCUGACCUGCGCGUUCUCUCCGACCACAUAAUAAUGCAUAUGGUUGAUUUGGAUGGAAAUCAGAUUCGUGAAAUUUACGAACGAUCGAUACAACUGAAGACUGACGAGCUAAUCCUCGAUAAUAAUGCCCUUACGGAGAUUCACGGAUCAGCUUUCCAUGGAUCGGAAAUAGCUAAAUUGAGUAUUAAAAUGAACUAUAAAUUGAAAGAAAUCCACGAAAAAGCGUUCGUUGGAAUAAGUAACAUCCGAGAGCUUGACCUUUCCGGGACCGCGAUUGAAGAGCUGCCCACGGAAGGUUUAGCAGAGCUGGAAACUCUACGCAUACAGCACACACACUCACUUAAAACUAUUCCAUCGGUGUACAAUUUCAAGAACUUACGGACCGCGUACCUAACCCACUCCUUUCACUGCUGCGCCUUCAAGUUUCCUGCCCGGCACGACCCAGACGCACAUGAGCGUAAUCUUAAGAAGUUCUACGAAGUGCAGCAUCGGUGCAUCGCGAACGGCUAUUCAACGCCACACUUUAAGAUGGAGAUGGCAUCCAGUGCAGAAACGCCACUCGUGCUCGAUGCGGAUGGGUUGGAAAAUGUGCCAGACCGUACGACCCGUAACCGCCGUUCGCCGGACUUUCGUAGCUGGUUUCGGCUCACGGCGAGCGAUGAGACUGAUGAACGGCCGGCCAGAAAUGAAGCGUUGCAGCAAAAGGGCAUCGAUCUGUCAGACAAGCGGAUGGGCGACAUAGUGGAGGAUAGUUAUCUGCUGCCUAUCACCGGUCAUCCGGUGGAUGAUGCGGGCGAUCAAACGAUGGGUGGUGGGUUGUACACGGAGAAUCCGCUAUUAGGCGAGUUUCAUGAGACGGUGGCACAAAUUUCAUCGAUGGAGGCGCUGUGCGGUAAUCUGACGCCGAUGAUCUUCGAUGUGAAGUGCUAUCCGAUGCCGGACGCCUUAAACCCGUGCGAGGACGUAAUGGGAUCCCACUGGCUGCGUGGAUCCGUAUGGGUGGUAGUCCUGCUGGCCGUCUUUGGCAAUGUGGCAGUGGUCGUGGUGCUGUUUUCCAACCGCAGCGAUCUAACUGUGCCAAAAUUUUUGAUCUGCAAUUUGGCAUUUGCCGAUCUUUGCAUGGGCCUAUACCUACUCCUAAUAGCUUCGAUUGAUGCACACUCUAUGGGUGAAUACUUUAACUACGCAUUCGACUGGCAGUACGGUGUUGGAUGUAAGGUGGCUGGCUUCCUGACCGUCUUUGCCAGUCACCUGUCUAUCUUUACCCUCACGAUCGUCACACUCGAGCGUUGGUUUGCGAUCACGCACGCGAUCUAUCUGAACCGACGCAUCAAACUGUCGGCGGCCAUGUACAUCAUGAUCGUCGGCUGGGUGUACGCCGUCACGAUGGCAUCGAUGCCGCUGUUCGGUAUAAGCAACUACUCGUCCACAUCGAUCUGCUUGCCGAUGGAGGCGCGAGAUAGCUUGGACAUAGCCUAUCUGCUUACGGUGCUGGUCGUGAAUGGCUGUGGGUUUGUCGUGAUCGUUGUCUGUUACGCUCAGAUUUAUCUUUCACUUGGCAAAGAAACCCGACAGGCAGCUCGCACGGCACACAGUGGUGAGAUGACGGUUGCCAAAAAGAUGGCAUUGCUGGUGUUCACGAACUUUGCGUGCUGGGCACCGAUAGCAUUCUUCGGUCUUACCGCAAUCGCUGGCUAUCCGCUGAUAGGUGUGAGCAAGUCAAAAAUCCUGCUGGUUUUUUUCUACCCCCUCAACUCCUGUGCCAACCCAUACCUCUACGCCAUUUUGACUGUCCAGUAUCGGAAGGAUCUCUUCUCCCUGCUCGCAAACUAUGGUCUCUGCACGCAACGGGCACAACAGUACAAAAUGACCUAUUCGAUGCCCACCAACACAUUCCAGGUUGCACCAGCACGAGGUUCCGUGAACUACAACAGCAGCAACAAUGGCACGCUAACGUCGGCGGCCGGCAUUGCAGCACUGGCCAGUACCAACACGGACACGAUCACCACCACCAUUACUUGCGGCAGUGUGGUACUCAGCACGAACGGUAAUCAUGUCAACGGAAGUACAACUGGUGGAACUAGCGCCAACACUGCUGCCAACGGGACGAACGCAAGAACCAAUGCCGUGGAGGACGAAACAUUUCUUUGAGCCGUUGCUGUAACUGACAAUACCGUGCAAACUGGUUCGCGUUCCCGAACAUUGCGGGUUUGUUCGUG